CGAACAAAAGCAAAGGGGGUGGCUGGAUCAUUUGACUGAAACCGAUAGGAGGCGCUAUUAGCGGCGUUCGCCUCCACUCGCGCAACGUGCUUCCAGACCUGAUAUGGCCAACAUGAAGCAAGAGGAGUCAGAAAUCAGUGCGAAAUCACAGGCCCGCUAUUGCUCUGUAGCCUGGAAGUACUACAUCAAAAAUGAGAGCAAUGCCACUGUUUACUGCAGGUUGUGUAAGACGAACUUUAAGUUCUCGUCAAAUACGGCCAACAUGAUAAAACACCUCAGAGUAAAACAUCGACUCAACAUCCCCACUGUAACAAACGGCGGCGAGAGACUAUGCACGGAAGAGCCCAACGAAGGCAGCAUGGACAUGGAUCUCCCACCUCAAAGGCAUCCUGGAAGUCACAGCGGUCAAAUUCUUCGUCGAAGAAUGCAGCGUUUUUUGCCGUUUUCUGAUCGCCGCACGUCAAAAGUGUGGAAUCACUACACGCAGUUAAGUCUGCAUCGUGUUGAGUGCAACCACUGUAAGAGACAGCUUUCCUUUCACAACAGCACUACUUCCAUGAGAGAACACUUAGGACGCAAACACAGCAUUCGGGAAGGAGCAGUUCCCCCUCACAACAAAGCAGGCAUCCCCACUCCUGCAGCGUUGCAUUCUCACCUUCAGACCUCUUUACAUGGUAACAGAUGUACCACCGCAGGCAAUGCUCCAUUCCAACCAGUGCUACCUGUUACGGUCAAAGAGGAGCAGGAAGAAAUACUGCCAGCUGAGAUGGCGGAGACCAAACCUGCUCGGACAUCAUAUGGCGCAGAUUUUGCAGCAGGAAGCGGUGCUUCAAGUUCAAAUGCCAUUGUGCACCAAGAAACAGAUUUGGGCUGCCUAAUGUAUAAUUUCCCUGCAGGGGAGAUGAACAGCGCUGCUGGAGGCAGCAACAUCCGCAGUGGAACAAAGGCCUGCAGCAACAAGCGAGCAGAGGUGUUGACCGAUCUUAUUCUGGAAAUGGUCUUUAAAGACCUUCAGCCAUUGUCUGUGGUGGAAGAAAGGGGGUUCAAGCUCUUACUGAGUUGCCUAGAGCCUAACUACCCUGUGCCUUCUCCAUCUCUGCUUGGCAGUCUACUUUGGCAUCGCUACCACAUCCUCAAGCAAUGCCUUCAGCAGCAUCUACAGACAAGUCUAGCUUCUCACUGUCUGACCCUCUGCACCGAAUACUGGCGGUCCGUAGAUGGGUGUGGGGUUGACGGGGACGGUCAGUACUACCUUACUGUCAGCGCACACUUUGUCGACUCUCAUUGGCGCCUGGCUCGCUGUGUGCUCGAGACCCGGCCGAUAGCAGAAUUCAAAGGAAACCCUUCUGAGAAAGGGCAGGUGAGCUUUGCGGACACCUUGAGGGCAGUCCUCAACGAGUUUCAGCUUCCAGAGAACUUCAUUUUCUGUGUCGUGCAUGACACCCCCAGUGGAUCUGAGUCCAGGGGGCAGGAGAAUAUGGCCAUUGAUCAGGAAUAUCAGCAAGAAUUUGCUGGAACCAGCCAUCCUCCUCCGGGUAAUCUUCCAGAGGGAUGGGCACCACUGCUUUGUGCUGGACAAGCCCUAAAACUAUGUGUCCAGGAAGGACUUUGUGUGGAGACUGUCAGACAAGCUCUAGCAGAUGCCCGCGCCAUCGUCCUACAUUUCCAGCAUGAUGUGAAUGCUUCUACUGCACUGAGCCAGAAAGCAGAGGCUGUUAAUAAAGAGUCUGCAUGCCUGGUCUUGAACGACCCAGGGCGCUGGACCACUGCCAUUGACAUGUGUGAGAGUCUGCUGGAGCUUAAGUGGGUAAUAAGCUCUGUCCUAGAGGAGCAAAAAGUAGCAACAAAUCUGGCAGAUCACCAGUGGCGUCUUAUACAGGAACUGGUUCCCGUGCUCAAAACGGUUCGCAUUGCAGCAUCAUUUUUGAGCGAGGACAUUAAUGGGCCCAUUUCAGCCCUAAUGCCAUGCUUGCAAGGAGUGUCUCGGCUCCUGGGACAGAAAAUUACAGAGUGCACCUGUCCAGUGGUAAGGGGAGUUAUGGAGAGAAUUCGUGCUGGUAUGGACAAGCGCUGGAGUCUGAGUGAUGAAGAUGCUCUUUUGGACUGCCCUGCCGUCUUGUCCUCGUUUCUGGAUCCUCGUUUUAAAGAGUUGCGGUUCCUCAGCCCACAUGCCCGCAGCAAGUUGCAUGACAGAGUGAAAGAGCUGCUAUCUGUUCAGGCUUUUACAAGUAAUGAAGGAAUGAAUGGUGAGAGGAGACAAAGCAUGGAAAUGGAAGAGCCUGUGGAUGAACGUGGAGAACCCGCAGAUUUUGGAUUGGAUGAUUCCUUUCCGGUUCCUGCAAUGGCUUCUUUAGAUUCUCCAGAAUCAGUUGGAUCAGCGGAGGAAGGUGACAGCAUAGAGCUGCAGCCGAGCGAGCCCUCUGUUGCCAUCUCAUCUCCAGAACAGGUCGCUGAAAACGCGCAUGAGGUUGGAUCAUCCUUCAAGAAUGCCAGUGACCGUAAAAGACGUUCUAGCGGGACCAGUAUGACCUCGCCGCUGAGAGGAGAUUUGCAGCUCACGCCUCGUAUACGGAUGAGUCCUCUCCCGCAAAGCAUGUACGAUAUUCUUCUAGGUGAGGAUCCUACCGAGCGUAUGCCGGAGAUUCACCAGCAGUUGGAGAAUUACAUAGCAGAGCCACUUUGCCGGCGGAGCCUCUCGCCCCUGCAAUGGUGGCGCAACAAAGAGCAUCGCUUUCCUGCUGUGGCCAGACUGGCACAGAAAUACUUGUCCAUACCUGCAACUUCUGUGUCUGCCACUCGGGCCUUUGCCCCAAGGGAGUCCCCAGUGACCCAAAGAAGGGCCACACUGGGGUCUAAACACCUUGACCACAUUUUGUUUCUUCAUCAAAACACUGACUAUGUGGAUCUGCUGAAAGGUGGCUCCUCUGCACGUGAAAUUGAGCAGUGGAACAGUGUCAGCGGAAACCAAAGCAGAGAAAGUCUUUACCAGACUCUAGUGUCCUAUGAAAGUAAGGUUCGUGUGUCUGAGGAAGAGUCAUGAUCACUGUUUAUAUACACAUGUACAAAGUCAUGUUAAAGGGACAGUUCACCCAAAAAUAUAAACUCUGUCAUCAUUUAUCCUCAAUUUACUCACCCUAUAGAAAAAUACUGUGGAAGUCAAUGGGGACCACCAUGGGGUUUUGUUAACCACAUUAUUCAAAAUAUAUAGGGAUGCACGAUAAUCAUUGGCUGAUAUGCAAUGCGCGUCUUGACAGUAUAGCCAGAUCUGUAAUCAGGGGUAAAUGCCUUUAAGUGUGUAAUUUCACAUUGAGAUAAAUUACAUUUAUUACGAAAAUCCAUGUUCAUUAUCCGGGUGGUUUUGCACAGCUUGUCAGUGAACAAUAAUAGUGCAGUAAAUGCUGCUUAAUGUUUUGCAUUAUAUAUCGGCCGAUGAUUAUUGUGUAUCCCUAAAAAUAUAUUCUUUAAUGUUUGACAGAAUAUUUUAGAAAGAAUAAGAAAGAAAUAAUUUGUUGGUGACUAUUUUAAUUUUAGGGGGGGACUAUCCCUUUUGACUUUUGACUUUUUUUUUUAAUUAAAGGAUGCCUUUGAACAGUUGUCACAUCCAGCAAUAAGCUCCUUUAGUUACCUAGUCAUUUUAGACAUAAAGGUUACGAUAAAUACAGUUAUACUGUUAUGUAAAUAGCUUUUGAAAUGACACAUUCCUUUUACAAGGAAUUUGUGACACUCAUUUAAUAUAGUCUUUGGUCUCUAAGAGGUCUGAGUCGUCGUUUAGUCAUUGUCUUGUGACUAAUGUAGAUACUGUUUUACUAAAUUCUUCCUAAAUCUGUUUUAGUACAUUCUUAACUUGACGCCCAUGCCACAUUACACGGUUAUGCAACAUGAGCAAUCAUGCCGCCGCUCUGAAUAUCAGCACAGCAGUGAUUUAAUAAUAGGAAAUCACUGCUUUGCAGAUAGCAGGCCAACUUAAUCUCUGCAUACUCUGCAAAUCGAAUUUGGCCAAUCAAUAUCCAGGCCGGAAAGUAACUGUUGUAUUGAUUCAUUCAGCGUAUAUUGUUAGUGUUACGAUAUUAUUGUUACUUUACACAGUGUUGUAGGCAUUAUAUGGAAUGCACUGUCAACCUCAUGCAUGCAUGCAUUUCAUUAUCACUUCCUCCUUUAUAUUUAUGGGAGCUAUGUACAUUCAACUGAGGUGUUAGUUAUCUUUUUCAUACGUGCAACAGUAGAAAUUUACUAUGUAUUCUAUCGGUAGCAUGUUCAGAUUAAAGUGGUCUAUGAAAUAUCCUGAAGUCUGGGAAUUACCAACGGAAAAUUGUGUUUUUCAGUUCUCUUUUAUUUUGUAUGACACAUUUAACAAUACUAGUAAAACAUUUAUUCUAUUAGAAUAACAAAGGAAUGCUUAGACAACUGAACACCUUUAUAGUGAUAUCAAAGGUAGCAAACAUGUUUUGCAUUGACACUGUGUUAUACAUAAACUUUAUCAGCCGUUUUAAUGGCAUAAGAAUGUAAAACUGCAAUUAAAUGACAAUUACAAUGGAAAAUCAGUAGAGCUGUGAAACUCUAGGUUUGUAAUGAUUGGCAAAGAUUGGAACAUUUUGAACCCAAACUGGUCAAACAGUCAAACAAACAUUGAAAAUAAAAAAACAAGAAACCUU